AUGAGUUCUGAUAUAAAAACCAAUUUUGCAGCCGAUUUUUUGAUGGGCGGUAUAUCAGCCGCAAUAUCAAAAACAGUGGUUGCUCCAAUUGAAAGAGUAAAGAUGUUAAUUCAGACCCAAGAUUCUAUACCUGAGAUCAAAUCAGGACAAGUGGAAAGAUAUUCAGGUUUAAUAAAUUGUUUCAAAAGAGUUUCGAAAGAACAAGGUGUGUUAUCCUUAUGGAGAGGAAAUGUAGCUAAUGUUAUUAGAUAUUUUCCAACUCAAGCUUUUAAUUUUGCUUUUAAGGAUUACUUUAAAAAUAUAUUUCCUAGAUACAAUCAAAAUACAGAUUUCUCAAAAUUCUUUUGUGUUAAUAUUUUAUCUGGUGCAACAGCUGGUGCUAUUUCUUUAUUAAUCGUAUAUCCUUUAGAUUUUGCUAGAACUAGAUUAGCAUCAGAUAUAGGAAAAGGUAAAGAUAGACAAUUUACAGGACUCUUUGAUUGUUUAGCAAAAAUUUAUAAACAAACUGGAUUACUUUCUUUAUAUAGUGGUUUUGGUGUUUCAGUUACUGGUAUUAUUGUAUAUAGAGGUUCCUACUUUGGCCUUUAUGAUAGUGCUAAAGCACUUUUAUUUACGAAUGAUAAAAAUACAAAUAUUGUAUUGAAAUGGGCUGUUGCUCAAUCUGUUACCAUAUUAGCUGGUCUCAUUUCGUAUCCAUUCGAUACUGUCAGAAGACGUAUGAUGAUGAUGUCAGGUAGAAAAGGUAAAGAAGAAAUACAAUAUAAAAAUACUAUUGAUUGUUGGAUUAAAAUACUAAGAAAUGAAGGAUUUAAAGGAUUUUUCAAAGGAGCUUGGGCCAAUGUUAUCAGAGGAGCUGGUGGAGCUUUGGUCCUUGUCUUUUAUGAUGAAUUACAAAAAUUAAUUUAA